AUGAUUCAUCUCCAUGGGAAGCCUAUACGUAUUAACAAGGUGUCUCAAGAUAAGAAGAGCUUGGAUGUUGGUGCUAACUUUUUCAUUGGAAACCUUGACCCUAAUGUCGAUGAAAAGCUGUUGUAUGAUACUUCCAGUGCAUUUGGUGUGAUUGCUGCUAAUUCUAAGAUCCCGAAACUGGGAACUCACGAGGUUUCAGUUUCAUCAUGUACGACUCUUUUGAGGCAUGUGAUGCUACUAUUAAGCUUCGAUUCCUACCGAUCAACCUCGAAGAAGCUUCCUCCUCCCCUUCGUCCUCGCGGCGGCGCAUCGUCUUCUUCCCCGAGUGAUAGAGCCAUGUCGGAGCCCCUUGAGGAUAAGGAAUCUACCGUCGUGGCACCUUUAAGCGACGGUGAUGAAGUCGAGACUUCUGAUGGAGAAGAAAAGGAAGAAAAAGAUGAUGAUUUUUUUCAUCCGAAAAAGAAGACAGAAGAAAACUCCCAAACUUCCCGUCAAAGCUUCUGCUCGAAAACAACCCUUCGAUUCAGAUUCUCGAUUAGAUAUUGA